AUGACCGACCCCUAUUCACAGCCGAGGUUUAUACCAAAUAUCGCGCUCCGAUCCGCUUCCUCGGCCGAGCUGCCUUUAUUCGGGCCACGGCUUGCUCGACUAGGCGUCCAGCGCCCCGAUGGGUCCCCCCCGCUCGAGGUCUAUACCCCCGCGCUCAUCACCGCGACGUCCCGCGGUGUGGUCCCUCAUUUAUCCCGAGAUCAUGUCAGGACCACCCAGGCGAUUCGCUGGGUCCAUGUGCCCUUCGAGUCUUUAUAUGCGCUGAGAGUGACACCUCACGCAUGGGAGUUAUACGUCGCUGCUUGCAAUCCCGACGCUGUGGUCGCUCUGUCAGACACCCCAUUCACUCCACACCCGCACUCGCAAAAACGUCUCACCAAGAGCAUCGAGCGCUCAGCCAUAUGGCUUCUCGAGACGCUGAAGGCGCAGAAAAAAGGAGCAAUCCCUGUCGCAGAAGACACUGAUAUACCACAGGGCCGCCAUUCUAAUGUGUUUGUCCACAUGGCUGGAGGCGGCAGCGCCCAGGCACGGACAGCCUUUUCCCAAAGCAUGUUGGAGCCGCUGGAAACCCGGGAACUCGAACAGCUCAAGCCCCUGCAAAGACUAGACGAUGGGGUGGCUGGAUAUAUUUUCGAUCUUGUGCCUCUCCAUCAAGCCCUCUCGGCAAAGGAACGUACAGCGCCAAGCAUUCCGGACGAAUCGCACAAUGCGAUGAAUACGAUUACCCCAAGAGCUGAGGAUAGCUCGCAUACCUCUCCGGAGCUGCAAAAUCUGCUCAAGGCGUCCCUCCAUGAUCUCCCGCCUCAUAAGCCGCGGCUCGUCAACUCGGCCCGCUCUCCUCAUGAGAUACUGCGCUUGAUACGUGACGUCGGAAUAGACCUCUUCGACGGGCAUUGGGCACAGCGAGCCGCGGAUAUCGGCGUUGCACUGGACUUCUGCUUCCCCGCGCCAGCUCAUUCAGCAGAGCCUCGCAAAUCCGGCAUUCUUGGGCCGAGGAGGCGAGAUGACGGUGCAAACGACUUGGGCCAUAAUCUGUACAAUGCUGCAUAUGCUCAUGAUCACUCGCGGCUCGCUUCGUGCUACCUCGACACGGUUUCCUCACAGAAGAACGCGGACAGUGCGGUGUCACCGUCGGCAGGCUUGCGUAUCUGCCCCUGUGCUGCCUGCUCCCCCGUCGCGCCUUCCGCUUACAUCACCCACAGCAGCGUGGACAAACUCUCAUAUACCGAUGAGAUGGGCCCGCCCGAGUCGAAGCGAUAUCUGCCGCCCUUCACGCGGUCGUACAUCCACCACCUCCUGCACACGCACGAAAUGUCGGCGCACUCUCUGCUGGUGAUGCACAAUCUGUCCGUCAUGGACGCCUUCUUUGCCGGCGUGCGGUCUGUGCUGGAGAGCCCCUCGGGCGGCGACACGUUCGGCGAGAAGGUGGACGAGUUCGUGCAGAUGUACGAUGAGUCUAUGGUUGUCUUCGAUGAGGCGACGGUGGACUGGGCGGAGGUCGAGCGUGCGCGAGGGAAGGGCCGGAUGGCUCGGGAAAAGAUCAAGCAGGCAGAGUCGAGUCUGGGUAGAGCGCUUGAUCUGUGA